UUCGUCUGGCUAAUGCAUUCGUCUACCACACCGACGGCAGCCAACAGACAACGUUGAUAAAGAAUCAUCUGGCCCUGUCAGGCUGUCAAGAUCAACCUCUCGAUUUGAAGGACUCUGAGCGUCUGAGCCUGCUGGAUGAGCGACGAAAGUGCGGCUGCCCGUCCCCUUCGAAAACAAAACAGGCUUGCGAAAGAUAACGCACCCACAAGCAAGAGUUCGGCCGACGCCUGCUUGCAAUUGCCAGCUGCACUGGAAGAUUUGGAGUGGCAAGAUCACGAUCGUCCAGAAGAUUUCCUCAGUAGGGGACGACGAUCCAGGCCACUCAACGCACGACGGUCUCAACCGCUAUUUCGUGUCUAUUUGUCCGCUGGCCAGGCCGCCGUAGAGCAUGAGUGGCAAAUUCAACGACUCAAUCCAUAUACGACUGUGUCCAGGCUUUGCAUUCUCGGGUUCUCCCAUACGCGGCCCUGCGGUACUUGCUUCAACUGCAGCAGGAACAGUGUCGGAUGGAUCUUGAACCUGCCAGCAUUGCACUUCUCCGCUGCUCGAAGAGGCAAGUGUUGUUAGGCGAUGUUCGUGCAAAUUGCACUUCGACAUGGCGCUUUUUGUCGCGGCCCACCUGAGACAAAUUCUUGCGUCUCGUCCUAGCAAUGUAUAGCGCAUUCUGCUCGAGCGGAGCCAUGCUUGCUCAAAUGACAUCAAGCGAUCCAGACGUCCAGUCAGCCAUACCAUCGCUGGGCGACGUUUUGGAGCCAUAUCUCACUGACUCCUAGUUUCGGAUCAACGAUGGAGUCGUGAUUGACACCCUUCAUGAUCUUGGCGUGGUAGCUGACGGCCGAUUGAGCGAUAGCACUAGCCCAACAGUCAUCGAAGUGUUUUGCUCCACUGGCGCCAGACAUGAUGUCCUUUUCGGAAUGCAGGACGUCGAUUUGCAGCUUUUCAGAGUCGACAGUGUCAUGGCCGGAGCGUUUCUCCUGCUUGGCAAUGGCUUUAGCAAUAGUCCGAUAGUCAAGCCAGUCCUUUCCUUCUACGAUGCCCAGGUCCUUGGUGGCAGUUAUUGGAUUAAUGUGCUUUCGUAGAAACAAAAGGGCAUCUUCGGAGGAACCCUGUAUGUUCUCGGCGAACAUGUAUUUAGGGGCCAAAU